GUGAAUCUGAUGAAGGAUAUGCACUCACCUGAUGAUAAUACUGUGCCUUCAAAACUGGAGUGUGUCCAUGUGGUCCAUCCUUACCUUGUGAUCGGCUGUCCUUCUGCACUGACCUCUACUGAGAACAUGUGAAUAUUAUCCCACAUCAGUGACGAAACAAAGACUCAGUUGUUGUUGCAGAACAUAAUGCACUUUAUACCAAUGU